AUGAGCGGAGGGGCCUGCGCACUGGCGACGCUCCUCCUCGCCACCACAACGACAGUAGCAUCGCCGACCACGUCCUUCUCCGAACAAUGCCUCGCCUUCCAACCCACCUCCCUCCUCCCCAACUCCAUCAUUCGCCUCCACGAACACAUCCCCUCAACCACCAACAUCACCCUUCCCGGAAUGGACUCCACCUGUGCUCGCACCUCCCAAGUCGUUCCCAUCGAAGCCUGCCGCAUCGCCCUCACGAUCCCCACCUCCAAACGCUCCUCCUUCAUCUUUGAGAUCUUCCUACCCACCGCUCCAGCCUGGUCAGGCCGCUAUCUGGCCACAGGAAACGGUGGUAUUGACGGAUGCAUCAAAUACGAAGACAUCGCCUACGGUCUCUCCCAUGGCUUCGCGGCGACAGGGACGAACAACGGCCACAACGGCACCAGCGGCCAAGCCUUCCUCAACAACCCAGAUGUCGUUCUCGACUUCUCCCACCGCGCACUGCACACCGCUGCUGAGGCUGCCAAAGUUCUCAUAGCAGCUUUCUACGACAAAGCGCCGGACAAGAGCUACUACAUCGGCUGCUCAGGUGGUGGGAGGCAGGGGAUCCAAUCCGCAGACUUGUAUCCCCACGACUUUGAUGGCUUGCUCGUCGGCUCGCCGGCGUUGAACUUCAAUUACAUGUCUGCGUGGCGGGCGAGCUUUUACACCAUUACCGGUGCGAACACUAGCGAGGGUUUCAUCCAAGCUGCAACCUGGCAGGGUCUCAUCCACGACGAGGUGAUGCGGCAAUGUGAUGAGCUAGACGGCGUGAGAGACGGCAUCCUCGCUGAUCCAGCUCUUUGCGCUGCAAUCUUCCGUCCGGAAACGCUGCUUUGCAACUGCACCUCCCCGGCAACCACCGCAAGUACCAACGCAACCUGCCUGACCCCUGACCAAGUCUCCGUCGUCCGCCAAGUCUUUUCUCCCCUAUACGGAACCUCCGGCCAACUCCUCUACCCAGGCCUCUCGCCCGGCGCUGAAUCCGCCGCUACACAGCGCCUGCUCUCCGGCACCUCAUUCCCCUACUCAGUCGACUGGUUCCGGUACGCAGUCUACUUCAACCCGACCUGGGACCCUGCAUCAUUCACCAUCGCCGACGCAGACGUCGCCGAGCGCCUCAACCCGGGUAACGCUCGUUCCUGGCCAGCCGAUCUCUCACCGCUCCGCGACGCCGGGAACAAGUUGUUGAUUUACCACGGCGGCGCAGAUCAGCAAGUCACGCACUUCAAUACCGAACGCUGGUAUGACCGGCUGUCAAGAUCGAUGGACUCGCCCAGCGAGGAACUGGAUGAGUGGGUGCGGUUUUUCAGGAUUCCGGGGAUGGGACAUUGUAGUGGUGGGACGGGCGCGGCGUGGAAAUUUGGACAGAGUGCUGCAACGGCGGAGGGUUUGCCGUUUGAAGGGGAGAGGAAUGUGUUGAAGGCUUUGGUGGAGUGGGUUGAAGAAGAGAAGGCGCCGGAUGGGGUGCUCGGAACGAUGGCGGAGGAUGGUGGGACGAGGUGGCAUUGUCGGUAUCCGGAGGAGAGUGUUUGGGUGGAUGGGCAGUGGACGUGUGGUAGAGUCUUAUCGGGCGUAGACGCUGCCGUAGAGGUUUGA